CAUAAUUCUGCGACGUCAAAUGUUAAGUCAAACACACAAAUUGAUUGUGUUGUUUUUCUUUAUUCAAAAUCUGUUCGCAUAUUGUUCGCGCGACUCGUUUUUCAACUCGACGGCGCAUCAUUUUGCGGUUUUCGAAACACACACAUUCACACAAACAACAUUUGACUUAAGUUAAGUCGUAUAUUAGAAGGCGGGCGGACGGUUCGCCCGAAAAUUUAAAAAACAUUAAUCGAUUUUUAAAGCGACUUUCGAAUAAAAUCGCCAUUUGGUGCGCAUCCAAAGUCAUUUCGUCAUCAAUACUCAGCGCAUCAACAACUUAAAAAUGGCUGUGUCGUUAUCAGUGAUAUUAGUGAUAAGUUUGAUAUUAAUCGAGACUAGUUGUGGUGAAAUGGCAAGUGUCGAGCACAAAAUGCAAUCGGAUUUGGAAAAUGUCUUAAGUCACAUGCGCAUGGUCGUUAGAACCGGCAUCAAAGUCAAGGGGACUUACUCAUUCAGUGAUGGAGAAGUCAGAAAAACAAUUUACUACAUAGCUGAUAAUAAAGGAUAUCGAAUUACAGGGGAAGACGUGGUGCCUGUCAAGGAUAAUCAACCGGUACGAAUCUACCCUUUCCCAGAUGAUAAUUUGCAAGAGUCGGAAUUAAGUCAAGGAUCAAAACACACGCAGUCGAGUCCAAGCUCACUAAAUCCGACGUAAAACGUUUUUUGCUUAAAUUAAGUACAUGUGUACAACCGACUUAAGUACUAUUAUUAUAUCAUAUAAAUAACUUAAUUUUUAUUUUGUUUACUUAAAUAUUGUAAUUAUAUUAAUUGUAUUGUUGUAUUCAUGAUUAAUAAAAUAAGGUCAGUAAAUUAA